GAGCGCCGCCCCGCCCCGCCAGCCUUUCGCCUCUAAAGCGCCCAGCGCGAGUCUCCCGCUGCCGCACUUUCACUCUCGGUCCACCUCGGUGUCCUCUUGCUGUCCAGCCCUGCAGCCUCCGGCGCGCCCUCCCGCCCACGCCAUGGACGCCAAGGUCGUCGCCGUGCUGGUCCUGGUGCUGGCCGCUAUCUGCAUCAGUGACGGUAAGCCUGUCAGCCUGAGCUACAGAUGCCCGUGCCGGUUCUUCGAGAGCCACGUCUCCAGAUCCAACGUCAAACAUCUGAAAAUUCUCAACACUCCAAACUGUGCCCUUCAGAUUGUGGCAAGGCUGAAGAGCAACAACAGACAAGUGUGCAUUGACCCGAAAUUAAAGUGGAUUCAGGAGUACCUGGAGAAAGCUUUAAACAAGGGGCGCAGAGAAGAAAAAGUGGGGAAAAGAGAAAAGAUAGGAAAAAAGAAGCGACAGAAGAAGAGAAAGGCUGCCCAGAAAAGGAAAAACUAGUUACCUGCCUUCCUGCAGAUGGACCGCAGUGCAUUCUGCUCUGGCGCUUUCUAACACGCCCUUCCCUCUUCAGGGGCAGACCCCACACCCCGGGCAGGUGCUCACACUUGAUGGUAAAUUCUCCCCUCUUCCCCGGGGCAGACCCUCACACCCUGGGCAGGUGCUCAGACUUUCCUGCCCUGGUGGCCACACCAGCUGCUGUAUUUAUGUGCUUCUUAAGGCUCUGCUCCGCCUGCUAAGCUAUGAAGAAAAUAGAUGUCCAGAGCCUGGGGUGGAGGCUGAGCCCCAGAGGACCUGCUGAGCCUGGCAGCAUUGCCCCGAGCUGAGCCCCUGGCCAGGAGUUCCCAAGGCUCACACCCAAAGUCCACAGUGCUAUGAAGGCCAGGGUGGUCUGCUUAGCCAGGAAAGGGCGUAAUGCCUUCCCCUCAGCCAUAUACUGCCCCUUGUGGCCUUCUCAGGACAUGAGGUGAUUGACUUGCUCUCAGGUCCACGACAAGCUUUUCCAAGUACCUGCAGCCCGGAAAGGAACUUCCGCCCUGCUCCCCUGGCUGUGUGAGCAGCUUUGCCUCCAGCCCAGAAGGGUUUCUGCAGACUGUUGGGUGAGCGGGAGGAAUGAUGAAUUCUCAGAAAACAGAUGUGAGCUGCUUCUCAGGGAAUCUUUUCUUUGGACAACUCACGUUAGAGUCUUUAAACGGGUCCCUUAUGGGGAGGACAGAUGUGCUCUGGAACUUACACAGAAGGGCCAGCAGCUUCAGGGACUUUCAGUCUGUCCUUUUGGUCCCAACAUCCCUGGGAUGGUGUCUUAUCUGGGCACAGCUGCCUCAGUCCUAACUCCUGAGAGAUGUCUGCCUUCAGUGAAUUGGGUUCAAGUUCUGUAACAUUCUACUCUCCCAUCCCACCCUCACCUGGCAAUUUAUGUCUGUCCUUUUGCCAGUUUGGAUGGGAGGAAUAGAGGGCAAAGUUCUGAUUUUAGUGGUGUUUUGAAAGAGGAUUCUCUGAAUUUUUUGACCCUCUUCUUCACCUCGUGUACACAUACACAUCUUGUACUCCCGACUUCUGGGUAUAAUGUCCAUAAUUGGGGCAGAAACAAGAAAGGAUCUGAAAAUGCAGCAAAUGGAUUGCAGAGGAAGGCCGCCCAGGGGCCCCAUGUGUCACAGUCUCCUGGGUCCCUAAGUCCUGUAUCCAUUGGUGUGCUUCUUAUGGUUCUAGCAUUGAACAGAUGCAUCCCUUCAUGGUUCUUAUGGGGACGUGUCUUGCUAGGGAGCUUCAGAGAAGACCUGUGUUACCAACUGUUACCCUUUAUGUGGACAGCUCAGCCAACCAUAUCCUCUCCUCAGCUCUGAGGGCACCUCUUCAGGCCAAGGGUCACUACCCGUCCUUCUUGUGGUAGCAGCUGCAGUCUGGGGUCAGAGUGGCCUCAGCUGGGGCCUUCCUACUAUUACUAAAACACUUCUGAAGGACAGAUCUGUGCCCAAGCCACAGCUCUGUUUAGGAAGGGAUGCCUAGCCCCUCUAGGACUGGGAAGAACUGCUGUCCCCUAGCAACCAAAGGCAAAGCUGAGGCUGCCCUGAGGUAGGAGACCACUUUCAGAAAUGCCCAUGGACUUUGCCUCCCACCAUCCAUCUCCAAGUCCUAGAGGAGCUGGCUGCAGAGACUAAGAGAGUAGACCAUCCCUUACGAACCAUGGCAAGCUCCACUUGUCUUUAUGUGGCUCCUGGGAGCCCCUCUGUGCUUAAGUGGCUUAUGAAGCCCUUAUAAUGGGCAACCCCAGCCUGCUGGACAGAGUCACCAUGGAAAUGCCCGAGAAGCUGAUUUCAUCUUGUGAUUGGUUGACGUAGGAUGUGCUCCUGCAAGUUCACAGGCAGGUGGGAGGGGUGGUCCCUACAGUGUCCCACACAGAUGCCUUCUGGGAGAACAUGCAACCUCCUGAGUGCCAAGACCUCUUCUGGUGAUGUGGCAUCAGCCAAGGGAUUUCAAGAAAGAAUGAGUUUUUGAUGCAAGUUGUGCGAUCUGCCUCUUUUCUUGGAGCUCUGAGGUCCGGGGAUGUCCGGGGACGCCUCGGCUGCUGUUGCUGGGGUGGAUACAUCGCCUCAACACCAGUGUCCUGGGGUUAAGGCAGUGCGCCUGGUCAUGUCCUCCUUGUACCAUGCCUCCCAUGCCAGUGUUUGUGUGUGCCUUACCCUGUGCUUGCCGUGUUCAUCUGUCUCCUCUGCUUCCCACCGCCAUCCAGACUCUGAGCAUCAGCCCUGGCUGUGCCCUUCCCUGCUUGCCCACUCUCUCCGGCCUCGGAAGGAAGACACAUGACAGCCAGCUGAAAUAAGGAGUAGGGCCAUGGCUCCUGCCAGGCCACGCAGCGUCCCAGGCACGUGGUGGUGAGAAUCUGCCUUAAUCGUGUCUCCUCUGUUCUUGUCAACAGGAGGUUCAAGAUGUGAGAGGCGUGGGUCAGACGCCUGAGGAACUUACAGAAGGAGCCUAGGUCUGAAGUCAGUGUUAGGGAAGGGCCCACAGCCACUUCCUCUGCUCCUGAGCAGGGCUGAAGCCAUUUCCAAGGGACUUGCUUUGCACAGUUUGCUGUAUUUUCACCAUUUGAUUAUGUAGCAAGAUACAUGGUGUUUAUUUUUCAUUUAGUCUGAUUGUCCAACGUCAUUGGUGACAGGCCGAAGCCACUAUAUUAUUUCCUUUGUUAUAGUAUCUCUGCCAUGGUGGACCUUCUCUGAAUAGGGCUCCCCAGGUUUGUCUCUUUGAGCUGAGACAGGAGGCUCACCCCUUUUCUUAAUGGGAACUGGGUGUCCCAGCCCCAAGGAUUGCAGGGCUCUCCCAAGCUGAGGCAGGACUGUGAGGUCAGGAAGAGUGAGAUCCACCCUCAUCCCAUGCUCUCCUCCUCAUCAUUCAUCAUGCUCAUCAUUUCCCCUCAUCCAUCAUCCUGUGUCUCCAAGACUGUCUCCGUGACCCUGAACAAGGACUCUGUCAAGAUGAAAUCUUUUGUUCAAAUGGGACAGCAAGAAAGAAAGGAAAAACCCUGUGCACAUGUAUGUCUUGUUUGAAAUAUUGUCUGUUCAACCCCCUGCUUUUGUUCAAAGUCCGUGUCCUCAUUCAUGACCAAUGUCUCGUUCAUGCACUGUCUCUAACCCAGAUGCAAAGGCUGAGUCUGAGGAGCUGGCCCUGAGGUCCAGGCUGUGCUCAUGGAGGAUGCAAACAGCUUGGUUUCCUCGCUGCUCACAGUGUUACUUUGGACAAAGCCAAAGGAAGGAGGUUUGCACCAGCACUUAGCUCUGAGGACUGCUGACCCUCAAUAUUUCCAUAACUGUUACCUUAAAACUAUGGAACUGUGGUGUUCUCUUGGCUGGCCUCAAACUCAGCAUUCUAUUGUGGAAUAGCAGUUAUUUUUUAAAAGUCAGUGAAUCAAAGAAUCAACCCUACAUUGAUCUUCCUGGCCAUUGGCACUGCUGCCAUCCCUUCCCUUACAGGUAGUUUCUGGGCAUCUUUGCUGUCACAGAUGAAUCACAUCGUGUCCCUUUCCUGCAGCCUAACAGAUGGGGUUGAUGCUGCUGCUUGAAGUGUGGCCCUGGAGGUGUUUUGUCCUCCGCAUUUUUUAUGCAGCCAAGCUCACUAAUGCUACCCCUCUGACUAAAGCACAGUUGGAGUCCACGGUUCUUCAAAUGAAAAAGAUAAACUAGAAGAGGAAGAAGAGAAAGGGGAGGGUUGGCUGGACACCCAAGUCAGAUGGAGGAAGUAAGCUACAGUAACAGAAUUAUCAAAAACAGGUGUUGGAGAGGGAAUCAUCUGUAGAACUGUUAUGUUAGCGGUGUGUAUGUGGUGGGGGCAUUUCUAUAAAUAGUCCUUUAAAUUGACUUUACAGAAGAAGGAAAAUCCACCCAGGAAGAUUUCGAUCAAAUUGGAACAAAAACUGAAAUGCUUAUGCCAGUUAGGAUGUGGGGCAUGAGGCCAGCUGCAGCGACGGAUCCCCAUAGGGAUACGGAAUUGUCUUGAGCUCCCUUGAAAUGAACAUUCAGUGCCCCUGAAGUAGAUACCACACUUUUGCAAUGUUAGUGAAGCGGCCACUUCGCAUCUAACCCAAGGUUUUAAGGAUGCUGCUUGGAAACCAGUACAAGCCUCCAUCUUCACUAUAGUUACGGAUCCUUUCAGUGUCUCCACAGGAGGAAAAGAUGAGGCUAGAACUGUAGGGAGACUUAUUUGUGUAUGAAUUCCUCUGCUAACCAUCAGUUUCUGAAUGGAGACAGCCUGCCUAAAGCAAAUAUGCAUUUAAAUAGUACAUUUACAUAGGAAAAGUCUUCCCACCUUAAUCCCUCAUCCCCUCGCUUUCAAAAUACAAGCCCAGCCCCUCAGUGAACUGUUGUUGACUGGGGACAUCUAGCUGUCCCUGCUGGAACUCAUACCUCCCACAUGCCAUCUUCCCUUGGGCAUCAAGAACCUGCCAGGCGGGCGGCCCCUCUGUUACCAGCCUUUGCAUCUGGAUAGGGAAAGGGGGUUGGAGACUCAGUCUGCUUUGUGUUGAAACCCAGAUUUGUGCCUUGUGUUGUUUACACUGUGCUGCUGGUUCCCGGGGACGGUGGGUCACUAGCAAGGAAGUGCAGCAGGGCCCUCUGCAUCAUUGCCUGCUCAGCUUUGAGAGGGGGUCUCAAGAGCAGAAGGCUGUGUUCCUUCUUGGAACCUGGCCUGGGAUCUUAGGCCUCUCCAGUGGGUUCUGUGGACCUUCUCAUGUGUGGUUUUCUCAUCAGUGGUAUCACCAGGGACCUCCUCACAGGGGCAAGUCACCCUCCCCCAGGUAAUGCAUUCUUUUGCAGCUGGGUGAGGACUGGGGGGACUGUUCCUUACACAGCUUCCCUGAUCCAUCUUAAGGAAGAUGAUCUCAUUCCUCAAAAUGUUCCAUAGAAACCUCCAAAUCCCCCAGGAGACUCCUGCCAUUGCCAAGUUCACAAAACCAACCAGCAGAGUUACUGCCAACCUCGAUGGGCUUCCGGUGUCUGAGCAGCGAUGGUUCAGUGUUGCAUGUGGUGAAUACUGUAUUUUGUUUCAGUUUUGUCUCCCAGAUAAUGUGAAAAUGGUCCAGGAGAAGGCAGCUUCCUAUAUGCAGUGUGCUUUUCUUAUUCUCGUUUUUAAUAUAUGACAGUUAUUUGAGAAGCCAUUUCUACUUUGAAGUCAUAUCAAUGGAAAUGAUGUAUCUUCACCUACAGUUUUCCUAAUAAAGAUCUGUAUUCAAAUACA